AUGAUACAGUCUCAUUACUUUAGAUUAAAAAAUACACUCUUUAAUAACCAUACUGCCAAAAUUAAUAGACUUUUGAAAAUUAAAACCGUUGGUGUGGUGUGUAUUUUCAUAUUACUCUGGUUUUGUAUCUCUUUACUGAAAAAUAAAAAUGAGAAUUAUAAGAUAUACAAAGUUGAAAGAUUAGCAGAUUUGUUAAAAAUUGAUAUCACUUCAGAGAUACAAAAACAAAAAGAAACUUUAUCAUAUAUCAAUGAGUCAGAUAAAAAUAUAGAUCGCUAUUUGACAAAAAAUAUCACAGGAUAUAUAUCAAAUUUAGAUAUUGGAAAGAAUCAUUUCCCUCCUUCUUCUCUUCUUCCUCCAGCUUCCUCCCAGUCUGAUCCAGACUUAUAUAACAACAAUAACGAUAAAUUCAUGCCAAAGGAUCAAUUAUAUGAAAAAUUUGUCACUUGUAAAGAUUUACAAUAUGACGGUAUUUUGCAAUUUCAAGUCAAUAAACGGAAAAAUAAAGAUGACUUAAUCGGUGCUCGAAGACAGAUUCUCUCUUGGCAAAACGAAAUCUCUGACAUGGUACAAAAUAAAGAAGAAGAAAAAAAUAUGUCAGAGGAACAGAUUAUAGAAAAACACUGGUUUGAAUUCGGUCAUAUGUCCGUUUGGUCAGAAACUGAGAAUUGUUAUUUAACAUUUAGUAGAAUCAUCUAUACUCGAAAUUCCAAAAAUUAUCCUAGAAUCUCGUUCAUCAGAGCUACCGCAUUCGAUAAAGAUUGGAACGAAAUCAAAGGGAAAAGAGUUCCUUAUUCAGAUGUUAAAAUACCUCCUGAUUUCCAAGAACAACUCGAGAGAUUGGAUAAACAAUUGGGUGUUGACCAAUGCGAACUACUUAACAAAGGAGGUUUUGUUGAAGAAUACCAUGAAUGUUUAAAAAGACACAAUGACAAUAUUCUAAAGAAUAAAAAAUAUAAAAAAGAUAUAUUAGAUAAAUAUUUCCUAACCUAUCCAACAGUACUCAACUUCCACUUCAAGUUAAGAUCCGACUUAAGUGGCCCCGAGGAUCCACAUGUUAUUCUUAGAAAGGACCAUUACGGUAGAGAUGAACCAAUCGUUAUUUUUAAUUUGGAUGAUGGUGUUGAGAGAAAAAUGCAUUCAAUUCUUCCACAUAGACGUAUACCAACUUUGGUCAAAUUCCUAUUACCAGAUUCCAAAGGCUUGUCUAAGACAGAAAAGAAUUGGGCACCAUUUUUCAUUCCACGUAUUGAUAAUUCAUACAGUGAAUUGUCCCUUGGCUAUAUUCACUUUGUUUAUAGUUUUAUGCCACUACGGAUCCUAAGGUGUUCCUUAGAUAACGGUCAGUGUGAAGAAAGAUUUUCUGCUGAUACACUGAAAUUGAGUGAGACUAAUGUGUGGGGUGGUUUAAGAGGCGGUACACAAUUUGUUCCUUUACCAGAACCUUUACCUGGCGUUAGGGGGAAAAAUGUUUGGGUUUCGUUUGCAAAAACACAUACUAAGAACUGUGGUUGUGGCCCAGUAUUUUAUAGAGCUGUUCUUGUGGUCAUGAUUGAAGAAAAUGGCAUUUUUCAUUUGGAAUUGAUUACUCCUGGGAUUGAUUUUGGAAUUGAACCAAUGGAUUUUGGAAUGGCUGAUAAAAAAUGUAGAGAUAAAAAUGUCUUGGCGCCAAAUUCAAUAGUCUCUUGGUACAUCAACUCUCAGGAUACUUCCACAGGAUCUUUUGAAGAUUAUUUAACUAUUACCGCUAGUGAAGCCGAUGAGAUAACAAAGAGGAUCGUGGUUAAAGGAGUAUUGAACUAUAUUUUAAAUAUUUAUACACAAAAACAUAUCAACGGACAUUUCCCAGUAGACGAGCAUUCAAAUACCAUUAUUGAUAAAACAAGACAAUGUUUGAAAGAAAGAAUUUCAGAUGUUUGCAAAAAUUAUGGUUUGACUCAUUCACCUUAA